AUGGCCCUAGUUGGGGCCUUUCUGAUUCAUCUGACUCUCGGCAGUUUGCACGCCUUCGGGAAUAUAGCGCCUCUGAUCAUCGCGUACAUGCGGCUGCUACAGCCGACUACGUCGCUUCGUUACCACGAUGGUCUGAUCCUCUACGUCUCGGCUGUACUUGUGCAAGGCAUUGCGGGCUUCUUCGGGGGGAGGCUCCACAGAGUUCUGGGCCCCUCAAAGGCAACUCUUUUGGGGGGAUCUGUGAUGAGCAUUGGCCUCGUCAUGUCUGCUUUGACACUGCACAGUUGUUUUCUCUUUUGCCUCUCCUUCGGCGUCGUCACGGCAAUAGGAAGCGGCCUCUGCUACCCUGUGCCACUGACCUGCGCCCUCCAGUGGCAGCCCGAUAAAAAGGGGACAGUUAGUUGCGUGAUCUUUCUUGGCCGCAGUUUGUCCGUUUGUCUGCUGUGUCCAAUGCACUCUUUGUUUCUCUUCCGCACCAGUCAGCACUCAUUGUUGACAUUUGUUUCGCCACUAGCAGGAGCAGAUGGGACUUCGGCAGCCCCGGAGGUCUACGUUUCUGACACGGAGGUGCUGCAGCGGCUUCCGGCCCUCUUCUUGCUGAUGGCUGGGGGAUGCCUAGCACUGCAGGCAGUGGGAGCGGCGCUGCUUUCCGACCCGCCUCCUCUACCGAUGGACUCACACGAACGGCGGAAGCUGAUCGAAGAAAUCCGCUCACCGUCACCUUCGACAGCGGCAUCUUUGCUCUCCUCAUUCGUCCUGACUCCGCAGGAUCUGUGCAGCUCUCCAUCGUUUUGGUUGUUAUUUAUGAUGCUCUUCUUCUCGUGGCAAUCUGUAUUGGUGGCUGCGUACAUGUGGAAGAUAGUGCCUUUCGCGUUUAUUCACAAGGUGCCGCCCAGCGCGUAUAUGGACACUGCAGAGCGCAACCUCUUGCCGGCGACCUCCUCCGCCGAUGGCAUCCGGAGCUGGCAGGCUGUCACAGAUUUGCAGCUGAGUACCAUCGGCGCAGUUGCGGGGGCGUUGUGUGUCGCUGGACGGUUGGUCUGGGGUUAUAUCGGCAACAAGGCCGGCAACAAACGAGCAAUAAUUAUUAUGAAUCUCUGCAUGGCGGCCCUCUUAAUGACGUUCAUGAGCAGCAGCAUGACUUCUCCGAGGAACUUCGCUGUCUGGCUGGCACUACUUAACGCUUGCCACGGGGGGCUAUUUUCGUUGCUGCCGUCAUUGACUUCGGAUUUAUUUGGACACAAGAACUUCGGGCCGGUAUUUUCGCUCCUCUUCGCUGCAAGACUUUGCGCCGCCGCCUGCAUUUGCGUCCUGACGAAGGUAGUUCUUGAGCUUACAGACGGUGUGACGCUCUGCAUGACGUUGGCUGGAUGCCAUGUGUUGUGUGCGGGCUUGGCUCUCGCCUUCCACCCAACUGAAGCGCUGCCUAAUCCAUACAAGCUGGUGAUGACCUGA